GCAUGUCACAAGCCCGUCCAAAGGCCCAAUUAGUUUUAGAAAUUCCCUCAUCCCAGUUCUGACCGCACCUCCUGUGGUACGCCGUGUGCCGCAGCUUCACGCUGGAAUAGAAUUUCGAUUGCCGUCUUUCUGACUCACUGCUGAGCUAGUUUUCUGAAACUUAGGAGCAAAAGAAAUGUAAAAAGUUCUGCAAAGCCUUCUUUAAUCGAUCAUUCUGACUUCAGGGUGGUUAUACAGCAGUAGAAGAUGGUGGUUAGGCUGAGAUUGUCAAGGUUCGGGUGCAAGAACAAGCCCUUCUAUAGAGUGAUGGCUGCUGAUAGCAGAUCCCCCAGGGAUGGAAAGCAUUUGGAAGUUCUUGGCUAUUACAACCCGUUGCCAGGGCAAGAUGGUGGGAAACGAAUGGGUCUUAAUUUUGAAAGGGUGAAAUAUUGGCUAUCAGUUGGUGCACAGCCAUCGGAUCCAGUUCAGCGUCUUCUUUUUAGAGCGGGCGUGUUGCCGCCUCUGCCAAUGAUGGCCAUGGGACGAAAAGGUGGUCCCCGAGACAACCGUGAGGUGGAUCCUAUGACAGGACGUGUGAAUACAUAUGAGACUUCUAAAAAACAUGAAGAAUCACCUGUUGGUUGAAAGGAGUAGAGAUCAUAAAAACUAGUGGGUUACUGCAAUAUCUUAUCCAGUAUGACAUGGAAUUAAGGUUAUAUAUUCCUGAAAAUCAAUGGAUUACAUAGCCUAAAAGAUGUCCCUGUUUAUGCAAUAACUAGAAACAUUCUGUGCAACUAUUAUUUACAUAAUAAUACAGUGUGUGUAUGAAGAACUAUUACAUACACUUAAACGUCGAUGAGUUUAGGGAAAACUGUCAAAUAGGUCCUCGAACUUUCAUAAAAAGAUCAAAUAAG